AAUAUAUAAUAAAGAUGUAAAAAACAGUUUUGAUAACUUGCAAACGUAUCCAAAUGGAGGAAACAUUUAUUUUAAUGUAAUGAACUUGUUUUCAUGAGCUCAUAUUUAUGGAUAUUUCUGAAAAUGCCCUUUUUAUUGCCCCGUUUAUUUAUUUUUUUCUAUUCUUCGAAAGUCUUGUGAAUUUAGUAAUUUCUUUUUUUUAUGAGUUAGCAUCAUACUCUAAUUUAUGUCAAUUUUUGUCAAUGGUAUUUACCCAUAAAGCAAAACAUUAACUUUCAGUAUAAAUGUAUGCAUGGAUUAUUUUUUAGAUACAAAAAUAAAGAGAUGAAAUUUGCUGUCCAAGGUUGUACGCACGGUGAUCUUGAUUUGAUAUAUAGUUUGAUUGAUCAUGUUGAAAAAAAAGAAAGUAUUAAAAUUGACUUUUUGAUAUGUUGUGGCGAUUUUCAAGCAACUCGUAAUCAUGACGAUUUGAUGAGUAUGGCUGUUCCAAAGAAGUAUCGUCAGAUGAAAGACUUUCACGAUUACUAUGCUGGUCGUAAAAAAGCUCCGUUGCUGACGAUAUUCAUUGGUGGAAAUCAUGAAGCUGCCAAUCAUCUAUGGGAACUUCCUUAUGGGGGUUGGGUAGCUGAAAAUAUUUACUACUUAGGAUAUGCUGGAGUGAUCAAUGUUGGUGGUAUUCGUAUAGCUGGUAUGUCAGGAAUAUUUAACACAAAUGACUUCCACAAAGGCUACUUUGAAAAACCGCCAUUUAAUGAAAGUACAAAGAGGUCAUUUUAUCAUAUAAAACAAAUUACUACUGCAAAACUUAAACACUUGGAAGGUAGUCCCAUUGAUAUAUUUUUAAGUCAUGAUUGGCCUUCUAAUAUACAAAAGUAUGGUGAUAUUGAGCAAAUUUACGAGCAAAAACCAUGGCUACGAGAGGAACCGAUUCAGAAGUAUUUAAUUGACAAUGAUCCAGCAGAAGAGUUACUUCGUUUGUUAAAACCAACAUACUGGUUUGCUGCCCACCAUCAUGUCAAAUUUGCAGCAUUGGUGCAGCAUGAUUCAAAAGAGAGCACAAAGUUUUUAGCACUUGGAAAAUGUUUACCAUCUAAUGAUUUUAUGCAAAUACUAAACUUUGAUUCGCCAAGUUCAGAGGUAGUUUUAAAGUAUGAUCUACAAUGGUUGUCAGUCUUAAAAGCAACUGAUCAUUACAUGAAGAAGUCAGGGAAGGUUGACACGUUUGAAAAUUUCGAGAAGGAACAAAAUUUUUACAUGAUGACUGAAGCAAGCAAUUUUUGCAGUAAAUUUAGAGAAAAUUUAGCUGUUAUUAAACUAGACAGCAAAUCAAAUUUGAAGUCUCGUCAACAAACAGUAAAAUUUUGUGAGAAAUUUGGGCUAUGUGAUCCAUGUGUAGAUUAUGAGAGUUGUGAUUAUUCAAAUGAAAUCAGUGACGAUAGUAUUGAGUUCACAAACUAAAAAUAUAAAUUGAUUUAAAUGAAUUACUAAAUUACAUUGAUUUAACACAGAACUUUAUUUUUUUAAGUAAGCAUCGAAAUUAAGGAAUAGGGUUUUCUAAAAUCUAUUGCACGUAUAAUACAAAGAUUUAAAAACCACUUUGCAAUUAUUAUUUGUAAACCAUGUUACGAACGUAUGAUGUCUUAAGAUUUACUAUAGUAUAAUAGUUAUUUAUAUUUUUUUUAUGUUUUUUAUAUCUAAAUAAAUUAAUAGUAGUUAGUGGGUUUUUUGUAACUUUAUGUAUUUUUUGUUUAUUAUGUUAUUUCGUUGAUACUAAGACCAAAAGCUUAGUGAAUCAAUAUAUCUUAAAAUUUUAUUCUUACUUUCUUCAAUCGAUAUAGCAAAAAUAUUUUGAUUUUAACAUAAAUUGUUAAAAUCUGGUAUCGCUUUUAUAGGUAAUGCUGUCUAUAAAAGGAUUCCUGCAUUGAAAAUGAUAUUUUUGUAUGUUAAAGAGUAUACAUUAAUUGGAAUUUUUUCCAAAUUUAUUUUUGGUUUUUAAGAUAUUUAGCUUUAAAGAUUUCAAUCUGACCUUAUGACAUCAAUAUUGAUGGCGUAAUAAGGUAGUACCAUAAAUUGAUAAUUUAAAUACUUGCAAAAUUUCAAAAUAUCAAAACUUUCAUAGAAGUGUAGACUUAUGCUCCUGAUGCUCUUUAUGAUUAUCUUGACACAUGUAAAAUUUUGUAGCUUAAAUAAUCUCAUCUUUAAUUAAAGAUAGAAAUGUAACGUCAGCAUCUUUUAGAAAAGUUCAGAUUUGAAAUAUUUAAAUCUUGAAGUUAUUCAUCAUCAUCAUCAUCAUUCUCGGCUUAACGUCCAUUUUCCAUGCUAGCAUGGGUUGGACUGGGUAUAUUAAUGACCCUCUUCCAAUCUGAUCUAGACUGUGUUCGAUCUAAAUUCCACUUUCUCUGUAUCAAGUCUGUCCUUAUAACCUCCUGCCAAGUCUUUCUCGGUCUGCCUCUGGACUUUGCCCCAGGAACUAUGAAGUAUCUACACUUUCUUACCCAAUUAUCCUCCUCCAUUCUUUCCAAGUGCCCCAGCCAACUCAAUCUUCUUAUCUGGAUAAGAUCUUUAAUUCUUCGGAAUCUUAGCCUGCUUCUUAGCUUAUCUGAACUCAUUCUGUCUCUCAGACUGGUGUUACACAUCCAACUAACCAUUCUUAUAUCAUUCCUUUCUAAACGGUCAAGAUAUUCCUGCUGCACUGCCCAUGUUUCACUACCGUACAACAACACUUCUUACACAGGCCUCAUACAACCUACCUUUUACCUUGAUUGACAAGACUCUGCUAGUGAACAAGGGAAGUAACUCUCUGAAAUGUUUCCAAGCAGAAACUAUCCUGCAAGUAACACUUCUUUCAACACCCCCUUCACUGCCCAACAUAUCACCUAAGUAACAGAAGUUCUCAAUUAUCUCUAACGAGCCACUGUUGUACAUUCAAAAUUUAAAUAUUUCAAAUCUGAGAACAACGAAGAAAGAUUUUUAAAAAAUUCCAAAGGACUUGAUAAACAACUUUUUAUCCUCCGCAACAUAUAAAAGUAUUAUAUUUUUGCUUGCCAAUACAUGGACUGGUUUACUAAGGACUGCCCCUUUUUAAAAUUUAUCCUCAUAAAUUUUAAAUGUUUUUCCUUUUCGUGUUUCUAAAUCCAACUUAUAUUGUAUUUUAUGUUUCAAUUCAUAUGAAAUAAAUACACAGACAUUUUGUAGGGAACGUAGAGAACAGUCAUACAACUUUUUCCACAUUUGUAAAAGCUAUUUGUUACCAA